AUCAACAAUGAUAGAGAUGCAUGCUCCUCGUUUUAAACACAAUCGGAAAAUCGUCUGCUCUCAUGAAUCUUGACAGUUUUGGAAUUUAAAUCAACAAAUCAUUUAAAGAAGCACCGGUUGAUGCGUGGGUCAUUGAGAAUUAUUCCUGCAAAUUUUCAGGAACAUUAACGCGGCUAGUCUAAGCAGUGUAGAAGAGGAUAUAGGAAACUCUAAGUCGUCGAGCAGCUGAAGAAUCAAGUCCACCCUUUAAUUUUCUUGUGUAUUCCAAGAAUUACCAUGUAUUGCUAGCUUCAACCAAACUGAAUAAAAAUCGACAUGGAAUGACCAGGUUCACGGAGUGAAGGUUUAAACCGUGAAGAAAUAACCCAGUGCAGGACUGUGUAAAUGGUGUUUGCUAAUUGGCUAAUGUUGAUUAGUGUGGAUAAACUUCAUUUAUAAUUAAAAAACUCUGAUAGACUUACCAGUGUAUUGUAUUAACGUGCCAAAAAGACAGAUUUCUUUAGACGUUAUCUGCAUUUAUUCUCGGGAAAGGAAUCUAAGUCGCGGACGCCUAUACCGUGCGUAAUAAGUGUUGAUUUUUUACACGAGGGGGACCAUUGAACACACAACGGAUAUGUGAUAGAAGGUUUAUUUAUUGAAAUAAGUGUAGAUUCUAAAAAAUAUAUAUUUUGGAGAACUAUUGUUUUUGUAAAAUGGAUCCACAGAAUUCAACUACAAUAACAGAAUGGCUAGUAACCACAGUUACAGAAGCAACUAUUAGACCAACAGACAACGGCAGCAGGAAUUCCACUGUAUCUAUUCUGGCACCGAAUACCACCCCGUCUUCUAUAAUUGAAGAAACGACCAUUGUUAGUGAACACAAACAAUUAAAUCGAACAAAUUCAUUCACAUUUAAUUUUACGGAUAUUUGGAACACAUCUGAACCGUAUUACAAAAAUAACAGCCAAUAUGAUGAAGAUUACUAUUACCAUUCAACAAAUAAUGUUACAUUGCCUUGGUUUCAAUCAGGUAUCAGUGAUGUGACAAAUUAUUCAAAUUCUACGCAUUCCUACGCAGGCUGGACGUUUUCUGAUUUAUUUCCAUCCACAUUUACAGACACGCAUUUACCCGGAAAUAAUUCAGAGGUCGCCAAAGAAGCUUUGAUUCUCAAAACGGUAUCUUUAGUUCUGAUAGCCUUGUCUGGAAUAUUUGCCAAUGGAUUUAUUACUUAUUCCGUGGUGCGGGACAGAAAUCUUCAUAAGCCACCAUUUUAUUAUUUAUUGAGUUUCUGUGUAUCAGAUUUAUCGCGUGCCCUUUUUUGUAUACCAUUAGUAAUGACGUCCGUGUUACAAGGCUCAGUGUGGAAGUAUGGCGGCGCUGCAUGUAAACUUUUUGCGUUUGCAAAUUCUUUCUUUGUCUACAGUUCCUGCAUGGUGUUGUUGGCUAUUGCGGUUGAUCGCCAUUUUUCUCUCGUUCACGUGAAAUUCUAUAAGAAACGAUCACGUGGAUUGAUUAACCUUAUCUCGGUUAUAAUUGGCUGGACAGUCGCCUUUGCUAUGUCAUUUCCGCCUGUGCUGGGAAUGGGUACGUAUGUGUUUAUCCCCGAAGAAGGCCAAUGUACUUUUUACCAUCGAUAUUACAGAAAUAAUGACACAUUAGGUUUCAUGUUGGUUUUCACUGUGAUAUUACUAUUGGCUCUUUUCCUGUAUCUAAGAAUAUUUGCCUUUCUUAGAGACCACCGACGGAUGCGUCCUCUAGAAUUACAACCCGCCCGAAGCUGCAAUUGGAAUUUCUUCGGUCCUGGUGCCAACGGCCAGGCGAUGAUUAACUGGGUCAAUGGAUUUGGUGGCCCUCAUUUGAACCCAAUUACGAAUCCAAACAACCCUAAUGUUCCCAGAAAUAUCCAGAGGCCAAAUAUUGGCAGGGUUGUGAAUUUACAAAUAAUCAAAAACGAACAUUUGACUAGAUUAUUUUUUAUUGUUACUGUAGUAUUCGCCAUUUUAUGGACACCUUAUACUAUUAUGGGAUACUGGCGAAUAUUUGGAAACGCCAACAGUAUACCGUCAUUUUUAAUUACUGUAAGUGCCUGGUUGACCUACGCUCAAAUCGCUCUGUGCCCAUUGGUUUAUGUCGUGUCACGUGGACCAAUAAGAAAGUCAUCUCGAACUAUUUACAACAAUCAAGAUAAAAAGGAAUUCUUAUUGGAAGCACGCAACAGAAAGUAAUUUAUCUAUGAAAUGGAUUUUUUUUAGGAUUAAUGGGCAAUUGAGCUCUGUGGCGGGACAGUGGACGAAGUAAGCUAAAUAAUGGAAUUGUUGGAAUACGUGAGUUGUCUCGAGGAAUUGAAAUUAUCGUUCCACUGGCACAGUUGAAAUGAAAUUGAGGUUUUGGCAUUAUAACAAUCCAUCCCAUACCCCUUACUUUACUUGUGCAUUUAACUAACCUCACGUUGCUUGUGAUUUUUUUUUUUUUUUUAAUGAAUUUGUUAUUUUUAAUUUCGCCAGCGAAAAGAGAGAACAUUAUCUUGAUACUGAUAUUAUGAGUGAUGAAACACUAUGGUAUGUUUUCGCAAAUUAAAUUAUUUAGUAUACCCAAUGUAAUUUUCUUGUUGUUUGAUAUUAAAUUCGUUCUUCAAAUCAACAUUCACCAAAACAAACGCCACGGCUCUGAGUGUAUGUUCACAGAUAAAGAACUUAUCGCCCCAACAGAACCACUGAACCGCACAUGCGACACGCAAUAGCGCCAUACACGUGGGAGGGGUUCAUUGUCAAAUUUGACACUUCAAGGAAGGGUUGAUGAAAACUGCCGCUUGCUGGUUUAUCUAUCCAUGUUUGCUUUCCUAUCGGUUCUUGCAUAAGAUUUACUGUUUAGCGUAUCUUUGCUUUAGUGUGUUACGUUUAAUUUGAUCGGGAGACGUGUUCGUCGACGGCAACGUCAACCGGCAACACUGCAAG